AUGCUUCUCAGUCGUCAACUAAGGGAAGGCAAGGCUGCUGCUUGCUGCAACAUUGGGGAUGCCAGCAAGCUACACGCUUCUCGGCUGUCGACGAAGGGAAGGCAAAGCUGCUUCUUGCUGCGGCGUAAGUUGAGGCGUCGAUCGAUUUAUGGAGAGAAGUGGAUCGGCUGGGAGAAGGUAAUUAGGCGACGACAGCUUGGAACGGCCGACGACUGCAGUGGACAAGGAGGACGGUGA